AUGUCGGACUUGGAGAAAGCCCCCAUCGCUAUUCCUAUUCUCAAGUCCGCGGUGACAAGGAUAAUGAACACCGUCAAAAGUCCUAAUGAGAUGAGUCUUGCCGAUGGCGAUAACAGGGAUAUUUUCGAAGAAGCUUACCCCAAGGAGAUGGUAUUCGUUGGGCCAGACUCGCAUCAUACCGUCGACUCCGAGGCGCAGACCGUUAGUGCUGACCUGAAGCCGUUUGCGUUCGUCCGGUAUGCCAUCUUCACUUUGUAUCGACGUCUCUUCACGCUAGUCUUCUGUGCAAACGCUGGCGUGUUCAUCUGGGUGAUGUUGUCCAACCAGAGACUCCUCGCUCUGGUCAAUGCAACGGCUGCCAACUUGCUCGCAUGCGGUUUGGCCCGACAGCCACUUGUUGUCAAUGCGAUCUUCCGCAUUGUAUUGUCUGUGCCACGGUCAGCACCAUUUGCUUUGCGCCGCAUCGUUUCCGAAGUAUACCACUAUGGUGGUGUUCAUAGCGGCGGUGGUGUCGCAGCACUUGUCUGGUACAUAGGGUUUAUCGGAGUCAUGUCGCAUCAAUAUUGGACGUCCCCGUCCGCAGCCCCUUACCCUGGCGCCGGAAUGGUCAUCAGCUUUUCGGCUGCUCUAGUAGCCUUAGCUUACGUCAACCUCGUGCUGUUGCUGACUAUUAUUGUUGUGGCUACUCCGAAGUUUCGCAUCAAACGGCAUGAUUAUUUUGAACUCACCCACCGUUUCUCGGGAUGGCUUGUGGUAACCUUGUUUGUGGCGCUAUUAUUGGUCUUUGCGCAUGAAAAUAGCCAGGCACAGGGGCAGAGCAUGGGUUUGUUCCUUCUCGAGCUCCCUGCAUUCUGGUUCCUGAUCCUAAGUGCCGUUGCUAUCGUCCAGCCAUGGUUGAUGUUGCGGAAGGUCCCGGUACGUGCGGAGAUACUGUCGACUCAUGCGGUGCGGCUGCACCUUGACCACGCCGUUACCGCCUUCGGCAAGGGCAUUCAACUCGCCAAACAUCCCCUGUUAGAUUGGCAUGGUUUUGCCACAUUUCCCGACCCUAGUCCGGCGGGAACGCGCGGAACACCUAGCUUCUCAUGCUUGGUGUCCAAGGCUGGCGACUGGACUGCGGACACGAUCAAGAACCCGCCCACGCAUCUCUGGAAGCGGGGUGUGCUCCUCUAUGGCUUUGCAUAUUCCAUGCGGGUAUUCAAGAGGGUGAUUGUGGUGACCACAGGAUCAGGUAUCGGCCCCUGUCUGUCCUUCUUAGGCGAUGAUAAUCGCCCUGCGCUGCGAGUCCUUUGGCAGACUCGUGCUCCGCUCGAAACGUACGGACAGGGAGUGAUGGACCUUGUCCGCCGGAUGGAUGACUGCCCAAUAAUUAUGGACACCGAUCGGCUAGGACGAGUUGACAUGGUGCCUAUCGUCCUUCGACAAUUCUCGGAAUUCAAGGCCGAAGCGGUGUGCGUGAUCAGUAACCCCGUGCUAACGCGCCGUAUCGUGUAUGAACUCGAAACGCGCGGGGUUGCAGCGUUUGGCCCGAUUUUCGACUCUUAA